UUCGUUAUAAACGACGAGUGCACAUAGACGUACGAGGCUAACGAAGCAUCGGGUUACCAAUGUUGCAAGUGUUCAUGAUGGUGAUGCAGAUCGGGAUCCACAUAGGCUGGUCGUCGCCGAACAUGGAGCGGCUGCAGACGGCGAACGCGAGCUCGAUCGGGCCGAUCACGAAGGAGCAGGCGUCGCUGGUGGCCUCGUGCACGGGCUUCGGCGGUCUCCUGGGGGCCCUGCUGGGCUUCGGCCUGUUCGAGCUGCUCGGCAGUAGGAACGCCAUCCUGCUGGUGACGAGCUGCCUGAGCUCGCAGUGGCUCUGCCUGCUGGUGGCCGGCUUUCGCGGCUCCAUCGGCUGGGUGUACGCGUCGAGGCUCGUGGGCGGCGCCUGCUUCUCCAUGACCUACAACUGCUUCUCGCUCUACCUCAGCGAGGUCGUGGACUCCGGGGUGCGGGGCACCUGCAUCUCGAUCGCCGCCUCGGGCUCGGCCAUCGGCAUCGUGCUGGGCCUCGUGGCCGAGACCUACCUGCCGAUGCAGCUCUCGAGCUCGCUCUACCUGCUGGCCUGCCUGGGCCUGCUGGGCCUGUUCUCGUGGCUGCGCGACUCGCCCUACCACCUGCUCAAGAGCAAGGACGCGGCGAGGGCGCGCCGGGCCAUCGAGUUCUACCAGCCGGGCCGCGACUGGCUGCUCGAGCUCGAGCAGGUCCGCUCGUACGUCGAGGCGACGGCGAGCUUCGGCCUCAAGGAGCGACUGGCCGAGCUGAGGGCGCCCCCGGUGCGCCGCUGCCUCCUGCUCAUAGGCCUGGUGCCGGCCCUCCCCCUGCUCAGCGGCUCGCUGGCGCUGCGCUCCUACAUGCAGACGAUCCUGGCCCGGGCCCGCUCGAGCCUCGUGCCGCCCGAGCAGGCCGUCAUCUACGUGAACCUCGUGGCGAUCCUGGCCUCGCUGGCCUCGGUCGGCUUCAUCGACCGCUUCGGCCGACGGCCCCUGUUCGUCGCCUCGAGCCUCGGCACGACGGCGGCCAUGCUCGGCCUGGCGCUGCACUUUCUCCAGACGGGCGAGCGCCGCGCCGAGCUGCAGUGGCUGCCGAUCGGCUGCAUCGUCCUCUACUUCGUGGCCUUCUCCCUGGGCUUCCAGUCGGUGCCGGCCGCCAUGCUCGGCGAGCUCUUCUCCGACACGGCCAAGAACACGGCGGCCUUCGUCUCGACCCUCUCCACGGCCUUCUUCGCCAUGCUGCCCGUCAAGGCCUACCAGCCGAUGGUCGACUUCGUGGGCGAGCCCUACGUUUUCUUCGUCCACGCGGGCCUCUCCUUCGCGGCGACGCCCGUCGCCGUCUUUCUCAUGCCGGAAACCAAGGGCAAGAGCCUCCAGGAGAUCCAGACUCAGCUCGUGGCCCGAGCCUGAGUCGUCUCCUUUGCCGAGCCGGAACGGCCGAUGCGCGCCAACCCCACUGCCGAUCCUCGACUUGUACCUAUGGCGAGCGCGUAAAAUUCUGCUUGCUCGCACCCAAGCCGCUAACAUUUAUCCGUCCCAACGAUGUAUUCAGUCUCACAGGAUAUUUUUCAUAAAUAAAGCAAA